AUGAAAGAGUAUGACAGGGAAGGUCUGUGCUUCUAUACAUACUAUAACAGUGCCAAAGGAAUGCAAAUUGAUAGGAAUCCUCAUGCUUCCAUGCUAUUUUACUGGCCUCAUUAUCUGGAAGACAAGAAAGUGGAAUUGGAGAAACUUGUCGCCGAAAAAGGUGAAGAAGCAAUCACUAGACCGGAAGACUGGGGUGGCUAUAGAUUGCGUCCACACUAUUUUGAAUUUUGGCAAGGUCAAACUGAUCGGAUACAUGAUCGUAUUGUAUUUGAAAAAGGAGUUGAUGAAACGGAGUGGUUGAUUAAGCGUCUUUCACCGUGA